CCCACACCACGUUGUGCAACCAUAAACAUUAGCUGUGUUUAUUUUUAUUGUGCUUCAGCUUGGAUUUAUAUAACAGAAUGAUUGUCCAUAAAUAUCGUUAGAAAUGAAUGUUGAAGUUAUCCUGAUAAUCAAAUUAUCAUUACUGCAAUCCAGUCGCAAAACAGUUCUUAGAAAGCGAUUCUACACGUGCUGACUCUAAACAAAGAAAGGUCAUCGCGCAAUAACAUUGUCGUUCAAUCUGGGCGUGUCAGGCAAGAGGUUGGUUUUCCAGACGACAGCACUGGAAAUCAAAAUAAUGACUCUUUCCACUAAGAACACGGAAGAUUUGGAAGUGAAUAUGGCAGCCGAAUGUCUUGUUGCUAUGUCACAUUCGUUCGGACGAGAAAAUAGGUCAACAGCUGAUGAUAGAUUUCGAAUGGCGGAAAACGUAAUCAAAACAGAAGUUGACAGCACUUAUUCGCUCGCUCGAAUUCUGACGGAUCUCAAGAAAACAAAACAGGAUCAUGAUGAAAACACACACUUUAGUUCUUUUCAUUCGGACAUGCAUAAUUACAGCGAUAACAAGUUCCAGAUUGGUUCGUAUCCAGCGAAGGGCAGGUCGCGAAAACAUGUGACAGGAGACACGCCCCUUUAUUCUUACACAAUGAAUGAUGACGAUUUUGUGAUGGAUCAGUCGUUGAAUGGGUCGAAAAAACUACACAGAUGUGAGUUCAAUGGAUGCCACAAAGUCUAUGGGAAAAGCUCACAUCUCAAAGCUCACUUGAGGACACACACAGGGGAGAGACCUUUCCCGUGCACGUGGCACAUGUGCGGUAAACGAUUUGCACGCUCUGAUGAAUUGGCACGCCAUAAUCGCACACACACAGGUGAGAAAAAGUUCAGCUGCCCAUACUGCGACAAGAGGUUCAUGCGCAGUGACCAUCUCAACAAGCACGCCCGCCGGCACCCAGAGUUUGAGCCUGAGGUCCUCCAUCGGGGUCGGCAUGGCUCAGGGAACAGCACGACCAGUCUGGGAAGCACCGGUACCCGGGCACUGACACCCCUGAUGGAGCUGGGUAUCGACAUGUCGGAGGCAUCCAGUCCAAACACAUCACCAUGAAAACUAGUGAUUUCUGUAUUUUCAAGUUGAGGUAUUUGUCAGUGACAAUUGGCCAUAGUGGUUAAUGGCAGGUUAUCUGCUGAUACUGCUUAAUAAUGGAGGUCUGGGUUUACGAUUCUAGCCUAAUAUGAAAAAAAUAUUAGUGCUUCAGACUGGGUCUUUGAAACAUUCACACUCUAUGUGGCUAUUUUCCAACGAUGAAAUUUUGCAUCAAUUGUUUCUAAGUUGCUCAAUGAGGGCUUAAUUUAAACAAAGCACUCCAAAAUCAAGUACUUUUAAUUGUUUGUGUGGAAGUAAUAGCUGGUAAUAGCUCUUGAGUAAAUUGACGUGCAGUAUGUAUUCUUUGUUGGUACCUAUUGUUAGUUUUAUUUUGAUAUGUUAUUUAAUGCAUUUCUCACAAACUAAUAUUUGCAGUCAUUAACAUUUAUUGCGACUAAUUCUUUUUGAAAAUGUAAUGUAAUGAUUGUAUGUUAACUGGUUCUCUAACAGUAACUAAGUUGUUUUUGUUUAAUAUAAAAAAUUACUGUUCAUAUGUUAUUUGGUAUUAGCAAUUUCUUAACUUAACAUGCUGCAUUUGAAAAAUGACCUUACUUGUAUGUAAUUGUUCCUCUGAUUGUUUACAGAUCUGUGCAACUGUCAGUCUGUCAAUUCUCCGCAUCCUCAGUUUUAUAGAUGAAAUUUCCACUGUUUAGGCUCUGCAAUCUCAUACUUGAAAAUGUGUUAACCCUUUAUCACUUAGAUAAGUAUUUUGACUCAUUUGUAGUCCCUUAGAAAGUUAAAUUUAAAUUAAGGUCUUUUUUACUAGAUUCAAGUUUUAAAGGCUUCAUUUACAACCCUUAACUACUGAUGAGAAGCAAACAGCAUAAACACUGAACAGACUGCGAGUUACUCGCAGGCUGUUCUGGUUUUAUGCUGUUUGCAAAAGCCAUUUUCACUUUGCUUCUUAUGGGGGAAAGGGUUAAAAUAUGUUUGGAAACUUCCUGUAGCUUUAAAGUAUUCAAGUAUAAUAGUUGCAACUUUCUUUUUUCUUCACGCAUCAAUUAUGUAGAUAAUAGAGAAUCUACAUUUAUUGUUCAUUAUUGUAAUUACUCAAGUUUUGGACACUAACAUAAAAAAAAAACACUCUUGUUAGAAAAUUAAGAUACAGCAAAUAUUUUAAAAAUACUGGUUUUUGAAAAAUAAGACACAAAAAAGGUAUAGAUCCUCUCAAAAUAUUUCAUUGAGGACUGGAUACGGGUAUGAAAAAUGUAUAGCGUCAAUUAUUUAAACGAAUAAUAGCACCUGCUUUUAAUAUAGCACACCAUAUAGAAUCAAUUACUUUUAUAUACCGGUAUGUAUCACUAAAAGCUUUUGAGUGAAACAAAUUGUUUGUUACAGUUGUACAUAGUUUUUACCCAAUAAUGCAAAUUUAAUGGUAAAUGCCUUAAGCCAUUUGUCGUCAAGGUUUUAUGACCUUAAUCCAGUUGUAAAGCCGCAUGAUCUAAGUGCCACAAGAUAAGCGCAGCAGUGAAGAAUUCUGAUAAAAUAGCGUCAUAAAAAAUGUAAGAAAAUAUAGAGUCAUUAAUUAUGGACAAAAACUUGUUUGUCUGAAAAUUGAAUCAUGAACAAUAACAAUUUUUGUUUGCUUAAACAAGGGGUGCUGAAAAAAUUAGAGUGUCAGAAAACUUGUUGUUAUAACGGUAGAUGUUAAAAUAAAUGUAUUGCAGCAUUAUAUGAAUAUGUUUACUUAUUCUCAGGUAUUUAAAGUUGAUAUUACUUAACAUCUUUGUUAAACUGCAAUUUGUGUCUAUGCCUGAUGCACUGUGCAAAUCCUUUUAAAAAAAAAUACAAGAGAAUCAUUGAGUGACAAAAAUAAGUAUAUUUUUCAAGGAAAGUAGAUUUAAAGAUUAUUAUGAGGCUCAAAUGUAAAAAUAACUAUAAGUACCUAGCAGGAGUGAAUCUUUUUGACACCUUUGUAAACUAUCCGAAUUUACAUUUUUCUAUUAACAAAAUCAUGAGAUUGCAAAAUUAUUUUGAAAUUCCAAACUUAUUAUUUUUUCUUUCUAUAGAAGAGAAGGUGCUGUUAAGUCUUUAUUACAAAGAACCAAAAACUCCCAAGUAUAUACUCUGCAUAUUUUCCACAGAAUUCUGUAUAGUUUAUGGAUCUAAACUAACAGUUUGCAAGAGGGCUGCACAAUUAUUCUUUCAGUGCUCUUUGUAAAGAGGGCAUCAGAAAGUCUUAUAGGUCCAGCAUGCUUUUUGGGGGUCAGUGGCUUUCAGGUUCCUGCCAUUUUAUACUCCUCGUACUCUGUGAAGGAAACUGACUAUGUAUAAAAAUUGAUAUUAUUAAAUAAAGAUAUUUUAUUAUGAGAUGGUCCAGAUAUACUGUGUUAUAUCUUUGAGAAUCAAAAUGUAAUUUUGAAGGUCUUUCCGAAACACUCUCACUGUGCCAUUCAUCAGAACAGGGCAAUAUGUUCAUGUUUCCUGUGCACCAUGCAAGAUAAUAUUUUUAUCAUUCAAUUCUUUUUCAUAGACAUGUGCAAAUCAAGCAAAAACUGUUCAAGUUCUAACAAUUUAUACCUGUAGAACAGUGCCAAGGAAAAUAAUAUUUAUUACUACAUGUUGUUUGCAAUUGUAAAAUAUAUACUAAAUGGCAUUCUGUGUUGCAUUUCUUGUGGUAAUAUAACUAGUAAUAUACAAAUACAUGUUUAAUGAGAAUCAAAUAAUUAAAGCAUAAUUCAUAACCAUCAUUUUAGUAAAAUUAAGUGUUAACUAAGUGACAUUUUGUUAUUUGAAUUCUGCAUUUAUCAUUCUAGCAUUUUAAAGGGUGGAAACUCUUCAUAGUAAUGUACAGUAUUUUUAUCAAAGUUUCUCUCCCUUGAUUAUGUACAUUGCGUUAAUUUGUUGCAUACAGUUGAAUGUCAGACUUGAUGUAAAAGUGUGUCAUUGUAAGUGACUAAGCUGAAUAUGAUUGUUUGCUGUUUGUGUAAUUUACCUAAAGUGUAUGUGUCUUAAUCUAGAAAAUGAUUUCCUUCUUAGCAAGUUUUUACUCUUGCACUACUUCUGCUGUUUUCAACUGUCCACAUAUUAUAGAGGCUUUUUCUUGGUUUUGGUAGAUUAUGGAUUUUAAGUCACUUGUGGUCAGAACAAUUAAUAUUUUAUAUUUUCAUUUUCUAUGUUCAUGCGCCCAUAGAAAUGGAUAAUUGGGGAUGUUCACAGGAAUAAACAUGUCAUGACAUAAAAUAAGGAGAAUUUAAUUAUUAAUUAUUAAUUAUUUUCACUCUUUCUUCUCACUAUUUGAAACAGUGAACUGUUAAUGUAUUCUUCCUAAAAGUUUGAAACACUCCUCACUAUAUCUUUUCUUCUUUCGAGAGAUUUUCUGUCUUGUUAUUAAAUUAUAUGCAAUGUGAAAUUCAUAUACAUGUACCACUUCAAAAUAAUAUACAAGAGAUAUUAUGUAAAAGCACAACUAUCCAGCCUAAUGUUGAUUCCGACAUAAACUGUGAUUCUAGUUUCCGUGUUAUUAAUGAGUGUGAUUAACCUUUGUUAAGUUUGAUGUCGUAACAUUUAUCUUUGAAGAUUUUUUUUACCAAUUUGUGUGCUUCAAUAUAUUUUAUAAUAUGUUAUGUUAUGUAGUUGUAUUAUCUUUGAUGUAAAUUGUCAUUUUCAUAGAAUUCAUUUGUGUGCAGUUUUUAAACAAAGUCGAAUUUAAACAAUAAACAUGUUAAUACUUUUUUCUUAAAACAGAAAUGGCAUAUUGCCUUCAAAUCUCUUUUUGGAGUGCUUGUCAACUUUUGACUUAUUUCCCCCCCAAAUCAUGAUUAUUACCGGUUAAAUUGAAGCAAUAAAAUUAUAUAUUGUUAUAUGUAUGCCCCCCUUUAAAGAAAAGGGGUAAAUUGUUUGGCUGGAUGUUGGUCGUUCGGUCCAUGGACCAGUUCGUUUCCAAUCAAUAACUUGUGAACGGAUUGACUAACUGGCUUGAUACUUCUCAUGUGCGUUUGCCUUUGUGAGUAGAUUACCACUAUUGAAAUUGGGGUUACUAAGUUUAAAGUCACUGUCACACACGAGGUCAAAUUCAUUGUCACACUUAGAGUAAAAAUUGUUUCCGCAGAGCCCUUGUCUUUCUUGAGUUUAUUUCUAUUUAUGACAAUCUCUACGUUUAACUAUCUAUAACGUUAUCUCAUUCUGUUCUCCCCCUUUUGCGGGAUGUCGGAUAUUCCUUAUGGUUUAUGUUAAGAAAGUCAAAAUUGGCAUUUUGUUUCCCAUGGUCUGUCAAGCACCCAACACUUUGUUACAUGACACAUGCUAUUAAAAGUCUAUCAUUGUAGAAUAUUGCGUUUAUUUAUAUGAUUGCCUGCACUAUUGGGCAUUAACUGAGUUUCUCCCUUGCUAAAUCUCAAGUUACGUCCUUAUUAGCUGGGAGUGAAAAAGGCCCUCUGGUAUGUUGUACAGUAUAGGGCAGGAUUUUAGUAAAAUGUGCUUGAUUGAAGUAAACUAUGAUUAUUUUUGUUACCUUACUAAGGUUGGAAUAGGCUACAUAAUUAGAAUAGGGUGACUAGCAGCCUUUAUGCUAUAUACAUGUAAUAAAUAUGUUGAGAAAAACAGUAAGGUAAAUGUAAAUAUUGAUGCAAUAUUUUUAUAUUGUAUAUACUGUAACAUCAUGUAUUUAUUUUCAUUUUGGUCUCAUUCUUGUAAAUCCACAAACUCAUGUUAUAUUGCAUUUUAAUAUAAACAUUGACAAUGUUUUAUAUGACCAUCUCUUAGCUGCUGUUACCAUACCAGUAUGACUUGCCUAUAAGUAUGUACUAAAGAGGUACAAACUGUUGUAUAUACUAGGCAAAUGUUAUUUUCUUACAUUUACUGACAUAGAUAAAUAAUAUUUUGUUCUACUGAUUAAAUGUUGUAAAUAAUGUUUUCCGUGACAUACUUUGAUGAAUGUGAUUGUAUAGUUGUAUAUGAACAGUUUUAAACAAAACAUUAUUUAAGUGUGUAAUGUUUAUUUUUGAAUGAAUAUUACUGACAAAGUACACGGCUGAAUCUGAUAAAAUGUUAACAAACUGAGAGCUUCUUAUAAAAUAGUGAAAUAAUACCAGUAAUCAUUAAAUUGAAAACUUGAAUUCGGGUUGUAAUCCCUUCAUUUAGAACUCUUUAACAACGAAUAUACAUUGAAAGAGCCACUGUACACCUGUUAUAAUGCCUUUCAAUGAACUGAAAUAACGGACACAGACAUGGUUAUGUUAUUUUGAGAGUUUUCUGUUAUGAGAUCUGGUCACAUAUGUGUUCAUUAUUAUGCUAUUCCAUUUCUAAAUGUCUCAUUUUAACGAUAUGAUUUCGUUAUUUUUGGUUUAUAUGUGAUUGUAUUUGAUUUCUAUGCUGUGUGUACUACUGUUACAGUGUAUGUUUUCAUGAAGAUGGAGAAAAUCUAAUAUGACUUUGUCUCCACAAAAUUGACAAUAAUUCAUUUUGCACAUCAAUUGUUAUCAUAAAACUGGAACUAAUCAGUCACUGUAAUCUUUGAUUACGAACCAAGAUUGUCUUUUCAGAACGGACAUUGCUACAUAUAAUAGUAUUUUUUCAGGUAUACAGAAGUUCAAAUUUAACUUUGGAUAAAAGCACCAGUGGUACACUUCAUUAUAACUAGAAAAAGGUGAACGGUAUGUCAUUUGGGUAUGGAAUAGAAGUGAAUAGAUCUCUUGAUCACAGCUACGGUAGUUAUCUUGUCAAUAGUCAUAUCCUUAUCUUGUGUUAGCCAAAUGACUGUGUUAUACUAUUGUUAUUUACAUGUUAUAUGUUCUGAUGUAAGUUUCACUGUGCAAUGCACCAGAUGAGUUGGGACCAGCUUUUGUCCGUCUUUCGUAAACGUUUCAUGCAAAUGAAAUCUCUUAAACGGCUGGGCAGAUUUUUAUGAAACUUUAGGAAUGAUUCUGGUGACCCUGUUUCAAAAUUAUUCAAGUCAUUUUGGGUUGGGUCAUAUGCAGAUCGCUUGAGCUAAAAUGGAUUUGGAAAAUUAAAACUUUAAAAAGUAUACACAAUUUACGGUAUGCAAAGCAUCCUACGGGAAAAUUUGGCCAUGUCAGUGGUCGGAUGAUAGAUAUUGAGUUAUGUAGUAAACUUAAACAAUCUUGAUAGCGCAUACUACGAUCUUUGAUAGUUAUAAUGUAUCAAUGAUAUGCUGGUGCUGUAAUUGUGAUGUUUGAAUGAAAUGCUUUAUAUUUAAUUACAUACCAAAAAAUAAUAAAAUUACUUCUUUGUAACACCAAAGAACUCGGCCUUAGUAUUUGGUAUUUGUUGGUCCUUUACAAAAGUUGUUAUAAUCAUGCACCUUGGUUUUAAACUUAGCGAGGUAAGGUGAGCAACGUAGAGCCAUGUUGGCCCUCUUGUCUGUGAAUACGAUGGUUGUUUGCAUAUGGUGUAAAGGAUCCAGUUUUCAGGAGUAUGUGAUUGCAUAUUUUCUUGUUCUGUUGGAUUGUUUUAUUUUUAUUUUUCAUCUUCUUUGUUAUAUGUGUCUGUGGAAAUAGAGGAGUUUUACAAUCAAAA